AUGGUAUGGAGAAGAAGAUCGAACCUGGAUAGGAAAGAGUUUAUCGAUUCCUCUACCACUCAAAGCUUUGACAAUCUCCGGAGAUUUCCCGAGCUCAGAUAUCGCGAGCCCAUCACCGCCGCUGCUGCCACCGACACUCUCCAGAGUGAAGAAACAGCUAGGGUUUUAGAUCAAGUGAUUGAUACUCUGAAUCUAUCUCUUGUGCAUUUGGUUCUUCAUGAUUCAGCUCUAGGGUUAGCUUCAAAUUGGGUUUCAGAGAAUCCCCAAAUCGUUGGAAGCGUUACGCUUGUUGACUCCAGCAUAAGCCCCCCAUUGCCUCUGUGGGUUUUGCACAUACCUCUGAUCAGAGAGGUCUUGUUAGGGUUUGCGUUUUGGUUUGGGAAGCUGGUGAGUCUCCGUUGCUCAAAGGAGAUGGUUUUAUUGGAAAUCGAAGCUCAUAUGAUACUUUUGAAAGGAAGGAGUGGAAGAGAAGCUGUUGUUGGAACGCUGAAGAAGCUAAUCCAUAGCUUCUUUUAG